GACGAAGCCCCUGUCAUUUGCUGACUGUGUUGGGGAUGAGCUGCCCUGGGGAUGGGAGGCAGGGUUUGACCCUCAGAUCGGAGUCUACUACAUCGAUCACGUCAACAAAACCACGCAGAUAGAAGAUCCAAGGAAACAAUGGAGGGGGGAGCAGGAGAAGAUGCUCAAGGACUACCUGUCGGUAGCACAGGACGCUCUCAGGACACAGAAGGAGCUGUACCAUGUGAAGGAGCAAAGACUGGCUUUGGCCCUAGACGAAUACAUGCGGUUAAAUGACGCCUACAAGGAGAAGUCAAGUUCUCGCACAAGCUUAUUCUCAGGAUCUUCAUCCAGUACGAAAUAUGAUCCUGAUAUUUUAAAAGCUGACAUCUCCACCACACGAUUAAGGGUGAAAAAACUGAAGAGAGAACUCUCCCAAAUGAAGCAAGAAUUGCUCUAUAAAGAACAAGGCUUUGAAACGUUACAACAAAUUGAUAAGAAAAUGUCUGGAGGUCAGAGUGGCUAUGAGCUUAGUGAAGCCAAAGCCAUUCUAACUGAACUGAAGUCGAUCAGGAAGGCAAUUAGCUCAGGGGAGAAAGAAAAACAAGACCUGAUGCAGAGUCUUGCGAAGCUGCAGGAGCGGUUUCAUUUGGAUCAGAGCAUCGGCAGAUCUGAGCCGGACUUGAGAUCCAGUCCUGAGAACUCUCAUUUAUCUCUCUCUAGACAGACCCUAGAUGCUGGGUCUCAAACAAGCAUUUCUGGAGAUAUUGGAAUGAGAAGUAGAUCAAAUUUAGCAGAAAAGGUCAGGCUGAGCCUCCAGUAUGAAGAAGCCAAAAGAAGUAUGGCCAACCUAAAAAUUGAGCUGUCAAAACUGGAUAGUGAAGCUUGGCCUGGGGCAUUAGAUAUUGAGAAGGAGAAGCUGAUGCUAAUUCAUGAAAAAGAAGAGCUUUUGAAAGAACUUCAGUUUGUCACCCCACAAAAACGCUCUCAAGAUGAACUCGAGCGCCUGGAAGCUGAGAGGCAGCGACUGGAGGAGGAGCUGCUAUCCGUGAGGGGUGCACCUAGCCGGGCUCUGGCCGAGAGAUUGAAACUAGAAGAACGAAGGAAAGAGCUACUCCAGAAACUUGAAGAAACUACUAAACUAACUACUUAUUUGCAUUCACAACUUAAAAGCCUCUCGGCCAGCACACUGUCCAUGUCAUCAGGGAGCAGCCUAGGCUCCCUGGCCUCCAGCCGGGGUUCUCUGAACACAUCAAGCAGAGGCUCACUCAAUUCCCUGAGUUCCAGUGAGCUCUACUACACCAGCCAAGGGGACCAGCUGGACACCGACUACCAGUACAAACUGGAUUUCCUGCUGCAAGAGAAAGGGGGCUACAUCCCCUCAGGACCCAUCACAACCAUCCUUGAGAAUGAAGUGGCCAAGUCCCCCAGCCCAACAGGACAGAGUGGUCCCUGUGGGCCACCAGCUGCCAGUGGCAACACGCCCCUCCUGACCGAGGCCCCCAAGUCUGUGACUUCCCUGUCCUCCCGCUCCUCACUCUCCUCUCUGUCCCCUCCUGGGUCCCCAUUGGUGUUAGAAGGCACCUUUCCUCUGUCCUCCCCGGAUGGUCCACUCCACCAGUUCACAACUGACUUUGAGGACUGUGAAUUGAGCAGCCAUUUCGCUGACAUUGGCCUUGGGGAAAGUCAGAUACUACUGGACUCAGAUGUAGGAGGAGUCUCCCAACCUCUUCUAGAGGAGAAGGACCUUCCUGGAGGCACCAGCGAACCAUUGUAUGGAGGGACUGCAGAUGUGGAAAAAUCAUUACCUAAGAGAAGAGGAAUCCACUUGCUGGGGGAGAAGACUGCAUGUGUGUCAGCUGCCGUAUCUGAUGAGUCCGUGGCUGGAGACAGUGGGGUCUAUGAGGCUUUCGUGAAACAGCCCAGCGAGGUUGAAGAUAUUCCAUAUGGUGAAGAGGACACUGCUGUCCUAGAGACUGCCCAGGUGCAGAUCGGACUCAGAUAUGAUGCAAAAAGGUCAAGUUUCAUGGUGAUUAUGGCACAGCUCCGAAAUCUUCAUGCUUUCUUGAUACCUCAUACUUCAAAAGUGUAUUUUAGGGUUGCUCUGCUUCCCUCCUCAACUGAUGUCAGCUGUCUGUUUCGAACAAAAGUCCAUCCAGCCACAGAGUCCAUUGUAUUCAAUGAUAUGUUCAGAGUGGCUAUCUCCCAAGCAGCCUUGCAGCAAAAGACACUGAGAGUCGAUCUCUGUUCUGUUAGUAAACACCGAAGAGAAGAAUGUUUGGCUGGAACUCAGAUUAGUCUGGCAGAUUUACCAUUUUCCAGUGAGAUUUUCACACUAUGGUAUAACUUGCUUCCUUCUAAACAAAUGCCUUACAAGAAGAAUGAAGAAGAAAAUGAGGACUCUGUUUUUCAACCAAACCAGCCAUUAAUAGAUGCCAUAGACUUGGAUGCAGUGUCAGCCCUACUUGCAAGGACUUCUGCUGAGCUCCUGGCUGUGGAGCAAGAAUUAGCACAAGAGGAGGAAGAGGAAGAAGAACUAGAGCAGGAAGAAGAGCACAGGGGUCCAGAUGGAGACUGGUUGACAAUGCUAGAAGAAGCCUCUGAUGAGCUGGGGUCUGCUGAAGAACCAAAAGUUAACUUAUCAGAGAGCAGCCGCUGCACAGAGGACACAAGUUCAUGCCUGAACAUCCCUGAAAUGAAUGAAGGCUCCAGUAGGAGAGAAAGCAGCUGUGCCAAGGACCUUGGCAGCCAGCUGCCUGCUGGAGCACCCACCCUGGUUGAUAAAGAGACCAACACGGAGGAGGCAGGUAAUGCCGGGCUGGCGGUUCGCCCCAAAGACCGCAAUGGCCUGAGUGCUCGACAGCGCCCCCUUGUGCGGAGCAGCGUGAUCGUGCGCUCGCAGACCUUCUCUCCCGGAGAGCGGAACCAGUACAUCUGCAGGUUAAAUCGAAGUGACAGUGACAGUUCCACCCUGGCUAAAAAAUCGUUGUUUGUGAGAAACUCUACAGAACGACGUAGCUUGAGGGUGAAAAGGACGGUGUGCCAGCCAGUCCUUCGAAGAGCCUCCCAGGAGUGCCCGGUGCGCACCUCACUGGACCUAGAACUGGACCUCCAGGCCUCUCUGACUCGGCAGAGUCGCCUCAAUGAUGAACUCCGAGCUCUUAGGGGCCUGAGGCAGAAGCUAGAGGAACUGAAAGCUCAGGGAGAGACUGACCUUCCCCCUGGGGUGCUGGAAGAUGAGCGAUUCCAAAAGCUCCUGAAACAAGCUGAGAAGCAGGCUGAACAGUCAAAAGAAGAACAGAAGCAAGAUUUGAAUGCAGAGAAGCUGAUGAGGCAAGUCUCCAAAGACGUGUGCCGCCUGCGGGAACAAAGCCGGAAGGUUCCUCGGCAGGUACAGUCUUUCAGGGAGAAAAUUGCCUACUUCACCAGAGCCAAGAUAAGCAUCCCGUCCCUGCCGGCAGAUGACGUGUGAUGAUGUCAUUUCAGCAAGUCCUUCGCACCUGUUCAUGUCUCAGAGAGGACAAAGGACUGGACUUUUUGUUGGGGUGGGGGGAGGUGGGGCCAGGGGUUUGUAAUAUACAGCUCUCAACUCUUAAAGAGCUUUGAUUUCACAUCAGAUUUUCCACAUGUUCAUUUGUAAAGUACUUUGAAUGUAAUUCUCAUAUGUUUUUAAAAAAGAAAAAGAAAUCAGAUAACCAAAAUGGGAUGUCCUGGUACACAGUUCUUAGACAGUCUGUGUGUUCCCAGGGGGUGGGGGGGGGGGGGGGCUGCGCUGUGUACACAUGAAAUAAGAGGCAGGAUGCAGUGGAUAACUGCUGGGACCAAUUGCUGAGAAACCACUUGGUCCAGCAGUAAGGUGACUGGCUAUUUCCUUUGUUUUCUGGCAAGUUGACUGUGAAGAUGGCAAGGACACCUUGGGGUGUUGUACUCAAAAACAACUCUUUAUGCUUGAACUUAACCUAGAGGGUAAGCGCCAGUGCAGAGAUCCAAGUCCACCCAAGACAGGUACUGUGUUCAUUUCCAUCACCUAGCUUGGAACACUUUGUCUCCUUAAAAUAAUGUCCCUUUUGUUCUUUUCUUUGGGUCUAAAGAAAAACAAACAAACAAAUAAAAUACCCAAGGCAAGAAUCUCAAGAGUUCAGAGGAGCAGUCCUCCUGGAGGUGGCGCUAAAGACCUUGUGAUUUAUGACAUUGGGGACUGGGGGUUGGCAAAAGCAGUGACCCUGAAAGACUCUAAAAUGAACUCAUCACUGAGCAGCUGCUUCUAAAGCAGUCAGCCAGAAUUUUUUGGAGUGCUCAAAUGUGAGUUCCUGGCUUGUACCAAUACUCUUUUAUUUUCUCUCUCUCUCUUUUUUUUUUAUUUGUUAAUACUAUUUGCUUCUAGAACUGAGGGUAGUUUCAUAUAGGAGACUGUGUGGUCCCAGGUCCCAAAAGCAGACAAUAAUGGUAAUGUGGAGAAAAAUAUAACCAGAAAUCAUGGGUGAAACCAGGAAUAAAGGAAAAGGUCUCUUGACUGAAUCAAAGUUGUCCAAAAUACAGAAAAGCAAAACACAAAAUCACGGCCUUAAAUAGAUUUCUUACGUUUGCUAGAAAUUCCUCAGCAGAUCUCGUUAUUAAGGGACCCUAUCUCUAACUUGUGGCAAAGAGUCGGGAAGUAAUGAGAAGAGCUUGUCUGAGGAGGCUGUUCAUUCGAAGUAUUGGCUAAGUUAAAAAGGAAAAUUGUAGAUGAACGGGUUUAGAGACAUAAAUGGAUGAAAGUGACCUCUGGUAUAGAAUUAUAGCUUACCUCAUCCGGGCUCUUAAAAGAAACCAACUUUAGUGUAGCUAUACCAGCACAAAGGCAAUUAAAAAAGGAAAUAGUAUUCAUGCAAUUGAAAUCAAACUUAUCCCUGCUUAAGUUGGUGAUAACUGGGAGAGACAGUUCUGCUUAGCCAUCUUAUAGAGCAAAUGAAAUCUUCUUUUGUUUUGUUUUGUCCAAUGCAAAAAUCAUCUUAAAGGAAUGGGCCCUGUAAAAAGAAAAGGUUCUGUUCCUAAGUUAGACUUCUCAUUAGCAUGGCAUUUUAUUUUCCUGAAAGUAAUUAUACAUAUUUUGGGAAGUUCAUUUUUAUCAGAGUCAAAAUUCAAAUUAAGCAAUUUCUAAGCCUAGAACUUUAAUUACAUUUUCCCCACCAUGCCCCACCACUUAUAUACAAAAGUCUUUGAAGUUAUAACUGGACGUGACACUACUUUGAACAAAACCAGCCUAGUGAUUUGGCUGCCUGGUUGAUUCUAUAAAUUGACUAAGGAAAACUAGAAAAGGAGUCCCACUCAUCCUUGUCAAGGUCAAAUGUGAAAGACAGAAGUUUAUUUAAUGUAGAGUUAAAUGAAGGUCAGCUGUUUUUCAGCUUCUUAUUUUGACCAUGAAAAUGUUUAUAGAGUUAUGUGUAGUUGUGCCGUACGAUUUUAUUUUCUUCAUUUAUUUAUUUACGGUCUUAUUUAUGUUCUGUUUAAUAUAUAGUUCGGUUCUGGCCAUUUUUAAUGUUUGACAUAGAAGAGGCUAUAUUGGAAUAUUUACAGCUUUAUGAAUCUUCACCAGAUUAGCUGUUAACUUUUGUAAUACAAAAAAUUUUAAAUAAGCAUAAAAGAAUAAAACCUGUCUCAGGCUGGUAGUUAACAGUUGUGACCAAGAUGCUUUGGAUUUUCUUAUACAAAAUUUGCUCAUUUCUAACAUAAAAGACAAAUGUAUUUUACUAUCACCCUUUUCCACACUUUAAAAAUCAGCAAUAGUGUUAUGUAUUUAUAGGCAGCUUUUAACAAUCUUAUCAUAUUUGUACUAACCCCCAGUGAGUCACAGUAACAAAACAUUUUCAUAACUUGAUCACAAAACCAUAUGAACAACUAUGAAUUUUAGUAUUAUAAAUACUAUUUUUAAAAGGUAGAACUUAUUCUGCACAGGGUAAAAAUGUAAUAUUUAGUUCUCAAGUUUGAAUUAUCAGUAUGUUAUUACAAUUUUGUAUAUCAGAAUCUUAAGUGUUACAGGUACAAAAAGAAUAUUGCUAGCCAAAUGAACAAACUUUAGCUGAAUCGCUCUGUAGCAUGCAAAUCAAAUAAAUCUGAGAUUUUUUUUCUUUUGCUAUUACUUUAUAUUGUAUUAAAUAUCAAAAGCUCAGGACUGAACUAAAUAUUUAAUCAGGUUAAAUUCUGAAUAUGUUUCUGUUUUAAUUUGUCUUGUCUGUAAAAGUAUUGCAAAUACAUCACCCAGAUUAACUUCGGUUCUGCACUUUUCAUGUGUUUGUGGAUGGGAACAAAAAAUUCAGUGGGUCUUCUUUUUUAAACAAAGACACAUAUUGCUUACUA